CUCCAGAUUCGUGUCCACCGAAAUAUUCGUCUUCCUCAUUCUCUCUCUCCCUCUCAGGGCAUCGGCAACGUCCUUCCCUCUCUCUUAACUGAUCAAUGGCGGCGAGAGGUGGUGCGUUGCUUAAAUACCUCAGAAUGCACGUAACCGCCGUGCCCCAAAGCCCUUCCCCUAACCCUUGUAACGGGAGCAACCUUUUCUCGCUCUCUUUCAGUGCGAUACGCCGCCGCUUCUCCGAGGAGGUCAAGGGCUCUUUCCUUGACAAAUCUGAGGUCGCAGAUCGAGUCGUCACCGUCGUCAAGAACUUCCAGAAAGUUGAACCCUCCAAGGUCACACUAAAUGCCCAUUUCCAGAAUGAUCUCGGGUUAGACAGUCUAGAUACCGUGGAGAUUGUGAUGGCACUUGAAGAAGAGUUUGGAUUUGAAAUCCCUGAUAAUGAAGCAGAUAAGAUCAAUUCCAUUAAUCUUGCUGUUGAUUUCAUCGCUUCUCAUCCUCAGGCAAAGUAGAGCAGCAGUAUGAAGUAUGAGUUUAAAAUUUCCGCUCUUGUUUCCUUCCUGUUCCUCUGGGUUGAAAAACGUCUUAGAUACCUUUAAUUUUCUCUUUUACGAAUCUUGAUUGGAGACAAUUGCAUGUUUGCAGACCAAAACCUCUGGUUGUAGCUACUUUAUGACACACAUCUCAUUUCAAUAAAAUAUUGUAGGUCAUUGCUUUU